AUGUCCGGCAACCCUGGGAACGCGCUGAGGGCGCUCUCCCCGACACCGCCAGAGCGCGGCUCCUUCCCACUCGACCACGACGGCGAGUGUUUCGACGCCAUGGCCGCGUACCUCCGCUGCAUGCGCCUCGUGCACAACGAGAACGCCCCGAACUGCCGCCUGCUCGCCAAGGAGUACCUCCGCUGCAGAAUGGAGCACCGCCUCAUGGACCGCGACGACUGGGCGCACCUCGGGCUGCCGCGCGACAGCCGUGCGCCACCCCCAGACCACCCCCGCACCAAACCCCCGGGCCCACGAACCCCGGAAUACGGCCCCCGCCCUCGCGGCCGUUUCUACGCCACCCCCCCCCGUACUAUACAGCACGCUACGCAACACCGAGUCACCCCUCUCGCGCGCCCUCGCGCCCAGAAACCGCCGCACGAACACCCCCCCCCCCACCGGUUGCUUUUUCCGCACAACCGACGCAAGAACCGUCAGUUCUCAAUUUCAAUUUCAGCGCAUUCUCAGUAUACUCGUCCUUUUCGACCCCUCCUGUCGCCCGCUCGCUCUGACUUAUUGAAGACUGGGCUAUAA